UAACCGACAAAAUAAAAGGCCAGUCUACGGACCUUCAAAAACUGUCAGUUUCUAUCAUAACUAUUCUUGAAGAAAUGAAACAACUCCAAGGCAAUCAAGAGGCGAGCAUUCAAUAUGUUCAAAGUUCAUAUGAUGAACAGUUACACACAAUACAGAAAACUCGCCGAAAUUUAAAUUCAGCCUUAGACACAAUUGAACAGAAGACCAUGAAGGAAAUGAAAGAUACCCUGACCAAACUUCAAGCCUCUUCCAAAAAUGCUGUUGACAAAUGUAUCAGCCUGCGGGAUGAAUUGCAACAACUUCGAGACGCAGUACAGGAUAUAAGUGAUAAAAGCAGACUGGAACUAUCCUUUAUAGCUACCAGGAAAUGCGAAGACAAAAUAGAACGGUAUGAAAAUUUUCUGAAGGAGAACUCUCUUCAGGUUAAAGUUUCAAUAACAUUCCAGCCUAACAGUGAAAUUGUACAGUACUUGUCCAAACUGUCAGGUCUUGGCAGGAUAGAACACAGUACCCAAACAUUGAAAUUACAAGAUGAUCCAAACAAGGUGUUCGCUGUGCAGAGGAAGUCUCAACACAAUGUGAGAAUAUCAAGUGAUUCAUUCCCAUGCAAAAUCUGGGCCAUCUGUGUACUCCAGGAUGGACAGGUCCUGGUUGCAGACGUGGGAAAUAAGAAAGUCAAGCUGCUUGAUCAGGAGUACCAGGUGGUGAGUCACUGUAGUGUGACCCCCUAUCCCCAGGGCAUGUGUCAAAUCUCGCCCAGUGAGGUGGCUGUGACAUUGAAUGAUGAAAAAACUGGCAUACAUGAGGUCCAGUUUAUCAAAGUCAACAACAGGCAGCUGAUGACAGGAAUGAAGCUUCAGUUACAACAUACAUCUAGAGGUAUUGCCUUCCACAAGGGAGACCUGUAUAUUACUACUGAUACUGCUCUAUACAAGUACACAGUGAGUGGGAAACUUGUCAGCAAGAUUUAUGAGGAAAAAUCAGACAGUGAUACAGUGUAUAUGUGUGCUGUGAGUCCCACCGGGGACACACUGUACAUCACUAACGCCUCCCAGGACAAGCUCCUCACCCUGGCCAGUGAUGGGUCAGUCCUGGCCAUCUUCACUGACGCGGUAGAUCCAGGUGCUGUUCAUGUGACACCAGCAGGCCAAGUGCUGCUCUGUGGAUGCAGUUCCCACAUCAUCCUGCAGGUGAACAGUAAGGGCAGAAGGAAGCUGGCCACUCUUGCUACACAGGAGGAUGGAAUACAGAGCCCAGUGUCAAUCUGCUACAACAGACAUACCGCCUGCAUCAUUGUUGGACUUUUAGAGAACAACAGCAUCCUGGUUUUCAAAGCAGAUAAUUUAAAUUUGCCAUGUGAAUGUGUUGUUGUACAUUUGUAACAUAGUGAUAUUAUACUAUUACACGGUUAGUAUUAUUGGCAUUACUUCAAAGAUAGGAAAGAGUUUAUGAUUUUGAACAUAAAAACUUCUCUAUAAUGCAUCAUAUUGUUACAUUUAUAAAUUUCUUUACGUAUUUCUAUUUCUCUUAAAAGGUUGAAAUUUGAAAUUGAAGAUUUUAGUUUAGAGAAUAAUUUAUGUUAUUUACAACACAUUAAAAUCACUCUCGAUUUAUGUCAAUUGGCUUUAAUUGUGUUCACAUACAUUACACAUUUAUUGAAGAUUACUUGAAGUAUUUGUUGAAUCCUUGGUUUUGAAGUAUAAUGAAAACCAUCCUGCUCUGAAAACAUCUUUCUUUAUCAAUUUGUAAUAACAUUUUUCAGCGUCGCUGUUUAAUUCGGUUUCGAUCUAAAUUUAGAUCCAAAUAUAUGUUUAGAUAUUCUCUGACAGCAGACCUAAUUCAAUAAAUGUUAAUUCAGCAUUGGAUAUAAUGAAAUGUAUACACAUGCAGCAUUGCAUUUUGCAAUAAUGUAAACUCAAGUGUACAGGGUGAAUCAAUUUGAUCAAGUUAAGACAUGCUAAGCAUCUACAACAGUUUGUCACGUAACAAAAGCAAUGCAUUGUGUGUUUACCUCUUUAUAUUUGUCAGAGCAUUUAUUGCUGCAAAUGAUGUUCUCAUGUAAACAAUAAGUAUUAUAUUGAAAUAACAUGAACCCAAGUGUUCAGUCCCUAGCUAUACGAUCAAGAGUAGACAGUGUUAAGCAGUUUGAAACAUAACAAAAUCAAUACUUUUUGUGUUUACCCCUUUAUAUUUGCCAGAGCGUUUAUUCUUGGAAACACAUAUAUAAGCAUUUAGUCAAAGAAACCUGUAUAAAUAUUAUUAUGAUUAACUGUAUAUAAUGCAUUACCCAAACUUGACUAGUAGAUUCGCCUUGGUUGUUUUCUAUGUUACCGUUAUCGCAUUGUUUCUGAAAUAUAUUCUAAAUGUUGUUAUCCAAAAAAUGUGUCAUAGACCUUUUCAUGUAUUGAUACAUGUACUUUAUUUAACAAAUUAUGAAAUUAAAUACUGAUCACAUG